GACGAACACGGAGCGGUGAGCUACAGGCCGAGUCCGCGAUGUUUCGCCUGGCAGUACUGUUCGUAUGCCUCCUGUCCCCAGGUUUGGCAUCGCCAACCAGGGGCCGGCUGUGGAGGACAGGACAGGCUCGCAUCAUCGGAGGGUCUGAGGCCAGCAUCUCCAGUUUCCCUUGGCAGGUGUCUGUAGAGUCGGCGGGAGUCCACAUUUGUGGAGGGUCCCUCAUCAGUCCCGACUGGGUGCUGACGUCCUCGUUGUGCCUAGAUGGCCUCAACGGCGUUUUCGAGCAUAUGCUGCAGUUCGUCUCGCUGCGUGCGGGUACAUCUACGAAGGGGAGCGGCGGUGUCGUGUUGCUCGCAGCUGAGAUAUACGAGCACCCACUUUACAUCCCCAUCACGGUUGAUUACGAUGCCGCACUCAUCAAGGUGAACGGCUCUUUCGCACUGGGUCCUAACGUGCAGGCAGUCAGCCUGCCAGAGCAAGGCUAUGACCCACCAGUGGGACUGCCGGUGACGAUCACUGGUUGGGGCUACAACGUCACUCGCGGCAGCAUGUCCAGUGUUCUACAGAAGGUGGACAUCAACAUCGUGGACCGUGCCCUCUGCCGGGCGUCCUACGUGAUUGUAGACGUGACAACGAACAUGGUGUGCGCUGGAGACCUGCUGAGGGGCGCUUGCAAUGGCGACUUUGGCGGACCGCUGGUCAGUGGUAGCACGCAGAUUGGCAUCUUAUCCUGGACGCUCUUCCCGUGCGAGCUUGGCCUCGACGUCUACGCCAACGUGGGCAGCGUCAGGACCUGGAUCAGCGAGGUCUCAGGAGUCUGAAAGGGCGCAGGCCUUAUUCAUUCUAAUCUUGGGAGAUCAACGCAUAUGUAUUUCGUACUAAUCAACGAUCUUUGUUUCCUCAAAUAAAUAUUGAUAUUUGUACCAAAAUAUUAUAUUGUAAUCAUUUGAAAAAACUCAAUAAAGAACAGUCCUAUACUUAAA